AAUUAUAAUACACAUAAUUCUAAUAUAUAUUUGAGAAUCUUGAAAUUAUGAUAUAAUUAUUAAUUUGCUCACAGAAUUUAUAUAUUGAAGCAUAGAUAUAAGUAGUUAAUUUAAAACCAAAAAGAUGAACAAAUUCAUUAUUCUACCACUAUUAGGACAAUUUUAAUAUUAACCCAUCUGUUAGCAAAUAUAUUUACUAUUUAGUUAUACUUUACAUUAAAAUAUAUUAAUAAAUACUACUAAAAUUUAUUUCAUUUACUAAUAAAAAUUAUAAUACAGGGGUUAAAACAAUACAAUAACUCUAGUUCCUGAUCAAUUUCUAUUUCCUGGAUCUCAGAAUAUUAACCCAAAAUUUCCAGCCAUUUCCAGCAUCAUUCCGUCACAAUGACAAUGUCAAAUCAAACGUCUGUGACGUGUAGUAGUGUCUAAAAUAUGGUUAAUUAUUUAUUAUUUAAAUUCAAUCUGAAUAAAAUAUAUUAAAAUGAACUACAACGCAAAUACUGGUGGUAGACCAUCCCUUGGCAGAAAAUUAAAGAGAGUGCCGGCUACCAUGCCCCAACAGCCGAAUAUGUAUCCGACUUUAGAUCCCGGAAUGAAUAACUUUCAACAAGGAUAUACUUCAAUGGAUACACCUCCACAGGUUACAAGUACUCCGAAUAUUUCAUCUCAAAGGCAAAACUUGAACCAACCAUUCAACAUAAAUCCAUUAGCUAGUGGAACCCCAAACAUUAGUGUUUUGGGACAACCAGUAGUACAAGAUAUGGCUCUACAGUAUGGGCAACAGUUAGCAGGUGCUGGAACAACAAUGUUAAAAAAUGAAGUUGAAAAAAUUGUACCUAUAUCAAAAUUAAAAUAUUAUUUUGCUGUUGAUACCAAAUAUGUUAUUUCUAAGAUGUUAUUGCUGUUUUUUCCAUUUACUCAUAAGGAUUGGUCAGUGAAAUAUGAACAGGAAAGUCCUAUACAACCCCGUUAUGAAAUCAAUGCUCCUGAUUUGUAUAUACCAGUAAUGGGUUAUGUAACUUAUGUAGUAACUGCCGGUUUAGUACUAGGGAUGCAAAAUAGGUUUAGCCCAGAGCAAAUAGGAAUUUUGGCAUCAUCUGCGUUAGCUUGGUGGGUUGUUGAACUGGCUAUUUACAGUGGCACAUUGUAUGUUAUACAAGUACAAAUCAGUCUUAGGACUUUAGAUUUAUUGGCUUAUUCAGGUUACAAGUUUGUAGGGACUAUUUUUAGUAUUGCUGUCAGCCUUAUAGCAGGAAGAUUAGGAUACUAUGUAUGUCUAGUUUAUUCCAGUUUCGCUUUGGCAUUCUUCCUUGUAAGGAGUCUCAAGGUUCAAGUGUUAUCUGAAAGUGUCCAGGAAACAAGUUAUUAUGGAUCCAGAGCAACUACAACUGGACACAAGAGACGUCGAUAUUUCCUCUUAUUUUUGGCCGCUGUCCAACCCGUAUUAUCUUGGUGGUUGUCAUUUCACUUAUUAGCUAAGGAAAGUGCUUAGAUUAAUUGAUAAAUAACCAUUAAACUUUAUAUAUUUUGUAACUAAUUGCUUAACAGUGUGUCUUGAUAUUAUUACAAAUUAUUAUAAUCUUAUAAAGGAUUUAAUUUUGAAAGAACUGGUAAUAUGUUUAAUCAUCUUAAAUUAGUAUCUUUUUGGAAAUUUAUUUUACUGGCAGGUUUAUAUUAAAUUAUCAGUGUCAUUCUGGAAUCUCUUACUAAAAAAUUAUUUCUACAUUAAUAGUUUGAUGUUUUCUGUUGAGAAUUAUUGCAAAAAUUACUAUUCAUUGAAACAUUGCUAAUAAAAAUACUAACCACUCUUAUCGGUACAAAUUAACUUAUUUAUAAUUCAUUUUUUUCAAGCUACAAAAUGAGCUUCCAUUAUUUUUAACAAAUAAUUAUUAUGUGUAGUGACAUAGUUCAUAGUUACAUUGUAAGUGGUUGAGCACAUAGGCCUUGGAAUAGGCCCGUCGUGUCCCUCUUGACGUUACCAAAGGCCGAUGUCAAUGAGAAGCUGAUUAGACGUUUUGUCAUGAACCAUUUAGUGAUAUGUUAAUCUUAUUUAGAUACACUGUACGCUUUAUAUAUGAUAAGUAUAACAUACAUUUGAUUUUAUAUUUAAUAAAAUGGUAUUUUUUUA